CCAGAAUUUUUAAAUUCUGAAGAUGUUAAGCCACUUCUAUCUACAGUAUUUUCAUCUUCUUCUAACAUAAAAACAGAAGUAUCAUCAUUUUUUACUUUCCGUGAUACGAAACCAAACUUGACAUUUUUAACUUCAGAGGAUGUUAAAACCAAUGUUAUGCAAGAAUUUUCAUCUUCUAAAGACGCAAAGUCAGAAUGUACACCAUUUUCAUCUUUUGAUGCUGUAAAACACAAUAUGACAUUUCUAACUUCUCAAGAUGUAAAAGCAGGAUUUUUAAUUCAUGAACAUACAAAACCUGCUUUAUCAGCAGUGUGUACAAGAUCUGAAGAUGUAAAACCAGAAUUAACAACUUUAUCAACUAGUGAAGAUUUAAAACCAGAAUUACAAACUUUAUCAACUAGUGAAGAUAAAAAACCAGAAUUACAAGCUUUAUCAACCAACAAUGAUAUGAAACCAGAUUUAUGGACGAAAUUUUUAGAUUCCGAGGACAAACAACAAAAUGGACUUGAAGAAAAGCUUAAACUCUCUGAAGAUGAAACAUAUCUCUCUGUUGAUCCUCAUGUUCAUCAUGAACAGUUUUUUCAAAGAUCUAACUUGAAUAAACAAACCCAAGCAGGGGAGAGGCCACUUGAAUGUGAUGCUUGCAAUAAAAGGUUUUCAGAUAGCUCUUGGUUAAUUAAACAUAAAAAAGUUCAUUCUGGAGAUAAGCUACAUGAAUGUGAUGAUUGUCAUAAAAAGUUUUCUAAUAGAUCUGCUCUAAGCAGCCACAAAAAAAUUCAUUUAAUAGUUAAACAUUAUGAGUGUGAUGUUUGUCAUAAAAGGUUUUCUUUCAGUUCUGCUUUAAUAAUUCACAAACGUGUUCAUUCAGGAGAUAUACCAUAUGAGUGUGAUGUUUGUUAUAAAAGGUUUUCUUUCAGUCCUGCUUUAAUAAUUCACAAACGUGUUCAUUCAGGAAAUAUACCAUAUGAGUGUGAUGUUUGUUAUAAAAGGUUUUCUUUCAGUUCUGCUUUAACAAUUCACAAACGUAUUCAUUCAGGAGAAAAACCAUAUGAAUGUAAUGUUUGUCAUAAAAAGUUUUCUAUCAAUUCUACUUUAACAAAACACAAACGAGUUCAUUCAGGAGAAAAACCAUUUGAAUGUGAUGUUUGUCAUAAAAAGUUUUCUAGCAGUUCUCAUUUAACAACACACAAACGAGUUCAUUCAGGAGAUAAACCGUAUGAAUGUGAUGUUUGUCAUAAAAAGUUUUCUAGCAGUUCUCAUUUAACAACACACAAACGAGUUCAUUCAGGAGAUAAACCAUUUGAAUGUGAUGUUUGUCAUAAAAAGUUUUCUAGCAGUUCUCAUUUAACAACACACAAACGAGUUCAUUCAGGAGAUAAACCGUAUGAAUGUGAUGUUUGUCAUAAAAAGUUUUCUAGCAGUUCUCAUUUAACAACACACAAACGAGUUCAUUCAGGAGAUAAAUCGUAUGAAUGUGAUGUUUGUCAUAAAAACUUUUCUAGCAAUUCUAAUUUGAUGGAACACAAAAAACUUCAUUCAGGUGAUAAACCAUUUGAAUGUGAUGUUUGUUAUAAAAGGUUUUCUUUCAGUUCUGCUUUAAUAAUUCACAAACGUAUUCAUUCAGGAGAAAAACCAUAUGAAUGUAAUGUUUGUCAUAAAAAGUUUUCUAUCAAUUCUAAUUUAACAAAACACAAACAAGUUCAUUCAGGAGAUAAACCAUUUGAAUGUGAUGUUUGUCAUAAAAAGUUUUCUAGCAGUUCUUAUUUAACAACACACAAACGAGUUCAUUCAGGAGAUAAACCGUAUGAAUGUGAUGUUUGUCAUAAAAACUUUUCUAGCAGUUCUCAUUUAACAACACACAAAAAACUUCAUUCAGGAGAUAAACCAUUUGAAUGUGAUGUUUGUUAUAAAAGGUUUUCUUUCAAUUCUGUUUUAAUAAUUCACAAACGUAUUCAUUCAGGAGAAAAACCAUAUGAAUGUAAUGUUUGUCAUAAAAAGUUUUCUAGCAGUUCUCAUUUAACAACACACAAACGAGUUCAUUCAGGAGAUAAAUCGUAUGAAUGUGAUGUUUGUCAUAAAAAGUUUUCUGUCCAUUCUAAUUUGAUGGAACACAAAAAACUUCAUUCAGGAGAUAAACCAUUUGAAUGUGAUGUUUGUUAUAAAAGGUUUUCUUUCAGUUCUGCUUUAAUAAUUCACAAAUGUUUUCAUUAAGGAGAAAAACCAUAUGAAUGUAAUGUUCGUCAUAAAAAGUUUUCUAGUAAUUCUGUUUUAACAAAACACAGAGUUCAUUCAGGAGAUAUACCUUAUGAAUGUGAUGUUUGUCAUAAAAGGUUUUCUGACAGUUUUAGUUUACGUAGGCACAAAUAAAUUCAUACUGGAAAUAAAUUUUAUAAAUCUAUUGUUUGUCAUGACAACUUUGCCCAGAAUAGUGGUUAUUAAUAUGUUGUAUUAUUUAAAUUGUUGAAGCAUCAAUGGAACAAACAUUCUAAUUUUUAACUCAUUCACAUUCUGUAUAUAUAAAUAAAAAGAUAAUGUUUAAGUUCUACUUCUAGGUUACUUAUAUAUAUCUAUGUAUAUAUACAAAUAUUGCAAAAGGUUCAUUGCAUAAAUUUUAAUGUAAUUAAAAGGUUAGAGUUAGAGAAGAUUGUUCUUAAUAAAUUAUAAUAGUAAAAUUACCCAUUUUCGACCAUCCUUGCAGCUAAACAUAUAGUUGAUCUUUUUCUUUGGUCUCAGCGGGGUCAUUCCCUGACACAACUAUCAGUUUCUAAUGCUUGAAAUAGUAAAUCCACAUACAAGUUAUAAAUUUAAACGCAAGAAGACUAAACCUGCAACGGUUAUGUUUUGACAUUUUGGUAUUGUAUUUUUAGCAUAAUUUAUGCUUUGUUUUGUUCAUUUUUUUUUAAAAACACUUUAAUGAAACAAUUUCUGUAGUCAUUUGCUGUGGGACUGUAACAUUAAAUUAAAAAUCACUAACAAAAUGUAUCAAUUUUUUAUAUUUUUUUUUACUAAAAACUUGUAUUCUUACAUUAAUUCCAAUACGACCUCUGUGUGUUGAAUGCUGGGGUUUAUUUGAGCUUUUUCUGAUGAUUUAAUGCCUUAACAUACCAGGUAGUUGAGGUCAGUGUCAGACAACAAAGGCUUGUUCGGCAUGAGAUGCAAAGUUAACAUUUGACUUUUCAAACUGUUUAGAUAUUUUUCUGCUACUUAUUAGUAAAAAUUUUUUUUUUAAAUAUGUUAAAUGUUAUCCUUAUUCAACGUCAUUCAAAUGCAAAAAUAUAUGCAGUGUCUUUCUAAUCAUGGGUACUGUAAACCAUUUAAAAAAACUUAUAUGAAUAUAUUCAAUAGCACAUUUUACACCACAUUGUCACACCCUACAUACACAUGUUCAAAUGACUUAUGCACAUGUAUUAACAGAAUUUUUUUUUUCAUUAAGAUGUUUUAAUGAGCUUUUUGUAUAAUAAUGCACUUAAAAAUAAAUAACAUGCAGUAUUUUAAAUAUGUUUUAGUUACCACAUUUCACUUGAUCAUUCACGCUAAUUAUGUAAUUUUUUUUUCCCAACAC